AUGUACGGAAGCUGCCUUUUGGAGAAAGAAGCAGGCAUGUACCCGGGCACUCUCAGGAGCCCUGGGGGCAGCGGCACAGCUGGGGCGGGCGGCACUGGGGGCGGUGGGAGUCCGCUGCCAGCUUCCAACUUUGCUGCAGCCCCGGCUUACGCUCACUACGUGGGGUAUCCCCAUAUGCCCGGCAUGGCUCCUCACGGGCCAUCCCUGGGAGCCUGGGGCUCACCCUACAGUCCCCCCCGAGACGACUGGAGCGCGUACCCUGGGCCGUCCAGUACAAUGGGCACAGUGCCCAUGAACGACAUGACCUCGAGCCCCGCCGCUUUCGACUUGCCCAACUACAGCAACCUGGGCCCCGUAGGCGGCGGAAGCAGCGGCGGCUGCCUGCCAGGCCCGGCUGGCCGGUCGCUAGUCCCCAUCGACGCCGGCACCGCAGACGCCAAUUCCCCCAGCAGGAGCCGCCACAGCCCCUAUGCAUGGAUGCGCAAGACGGUGCAGGUGACCGGAAAAACCAGGACAAAAGAAAAGUAUCGUGUAGUUUACACAGAUCAUCAAAGGUUGGAGCUGGAAAAGGAAUUCCACUGCAAUAGAUACAUCACUAUCCGAAGAAAAUCAGAGCUGGCAGUUAACCUGGGCCUUUCUGAGAGACAGGUGAAAAUCUGGUUUCAGAAUCGCAGAGCCAAGGAGAGAAAAAUGAUCAAAAAGAAAAUCUCCCAGUUUGAGAAUAGUGGAGGCUCAGUGCAAAGUGACUCUGGCUCCAUCAGCUCUGGGGAACUGCCUAAUACUUUUUUCACCACCCCAUCUGCGGUCCGUGAAUUUCAACCUAUUGAGAUACAGCAGGUCAUAGUCUCUGAAUGA